AACCUCUCCCCCUUCGUCUCGCCUUAUUAUCCUACGUUUUUUGCUCACCCCCAAAGUAGAACUCGCCAACUGAAGAAACGGCCGAUCGCCUCCUCUCCCGGCUAUGGCGGAUGCUCAAACUGAAAAACCCCUCUCCCUUUCUGAGCAAUAUGCACUGGAGAAAGAGAAGAAAUCAGAUGUGGCACCAAAACCAGCAGAAGAAAAAGAGGUUGCAAAUCCAGUAAAUGCUGCCUCUGGCUCUGGGGAUGUUAUGAAUGAGAAAUUGGAGGAGGCUCCUGCUCCAGCUGAGGGAAACACCGAGACCCCUCCUGCUGCUGAAGAAAGCUCUGAAGCCAAUCCUGCUGCUGGGGACAGUGGUGAAGGUGCUGUAGCUGAUUCGGAGGAAAGUAGCGAACCUGCUGCACAGGAAAACUCAGAUGAUGCUGAGGAAACGCCUGAGAUAAAGCUUGAGACUGCCCCGGCAGAUUUUCGCUUCCCAACUACAAACCAAACAAGGCAUUGCUUCACACGAUAUAUCGAGUACCAUCGUUGUGUAGCUGCAAAAGGAGAGGAUGCUCCUGAGUGUGAUAAGUUUGCCAAGUAUUAUCGUGCACUAUGUCCUGGAGAAUGGAUAGACAGAUGGAAUGAGCAAAGGGAGAAUGGUACUUUUCCAGGUCCUUUGUAGAUGGUACCCCAUGAUUAUCAGAAAACCGUCGUGCCUUUUCUUCUGUUGUAUCAACUGUUAAACACAGAUGAAUUUCUUGGCUGAAAACAGAUUUUUUUUCCUGGAAAAAUAUCCUAUUUGAAAAGGACGAGUUAAUAAGAAAAUUGGGCGUGUACCCUAGCUAUACUAUA